AUGAAUGUAAACAUAAACCAUCAAUAUGAUAUUAGGAACUUGCAAGAACAAAGGGAAUAUGCUGAUUACAAUUUUUAUGAUUACCCAAAAAAUUUUGAUAUGUUAGAUCAAAAUAAUAAAUUUAAUAACCCAUUAAAUUCUUCUUAUUAUAAACAAAGAGAAAUAAAUGUUCCUUCUAUAAAUUUAAAGAGUAGAAGUUCUCACAUUAAUACAAAUAAUGAGUUAAUGAGAGAAUCAAAUAAUUUUUUAAAUGUUGUUCCAAUAUCAUCAAAAGACAUAGAAUAUUAUGAAUAUGUAAAUCCUCCAAUAAAUCUGAAUGAAGAAAAUUAUUACAAUCAUUAUGAAGUAAAUAAUAAUAUAAUACCAACUGAUGGUGUAAAAUAUGAAAUGAAUAAUGAAAUAAAUAGAACCCAGUUAAUUCACAAUUUAAGUGACAAACUAAAUAACUCAUAUGCAAAUUUAAAUAAUGGCAAUUAUGUAAAUGAGGAAAUUAUCCAUAAUGAGAUUAAUAAUUACAGAGAACCAAAUCAUAUAAAUAAUUCAUUUGAUUAUUUAAAUUAUAAUAUGAAUAAUAUGAAUUCUAAUUAUAUAGUGGAGAAUUAUAAUUCUGUUUUAAGUAAUAAUAUAAAAAAUAUACCUUUUAACUCAAUACAUAAUAAUAAUUUUAAUAAUGAAAAUUAUAAUUUAUUAAAUAUGGAUAAUUCACCUAUGCUUUUUAGUAAGAAUACACAGGAAUUUAAUGAAAAUGAAAUGAAUUUUUCAAAACUUAAAAAUAUUAACUUGAGCAAAAAUAUUACAAAUACUUUAGACCAAUUACAGGCAAUUGUAUGUUUACAAAAAUUAGAAGAAAUUCCAGCUCCAUUUUUAAAUAUAAAUGAAAUAAAAUACUCAGUUAGUGUUUACUUUAAUUCUUAUGAUGAUAUUAUUAAUAAAUAUCAAUCUAAAUUUUAUAAUUGCAAAUUAAAUGAGUCGUAUACUUAUGCUGAUUGUGAUUUGCAAAAUGAAAUAAUUAGUCUGCCAUUUAAUAAUGAAGAAUUUAUUUAUUUAAAAGUUAUUGAAACAUCUGUUUAUAAAACAGAAAUUACCGGAAGAUUGCAAUUAAAAGUCAAAUCAUUAUCACAAGAAUAUCCUUUAAGAAUACCAAUAAUAGGAGAUGAUGGUAACUCAAAAGGAUUUUUAAUUAUGAAUUUUUUUAUUACGUCAUCAUAUUAUGAUGUAAAAAAUGAUAUAUUAACAGAAAAGUCAACUUUACCAAAUAGAACAAAAUCCACAAGAAUAAGAAGGAAAAAUAACGGUUUUCAUUUUUUUGAAAAUUUUACCAAAUGGUGUUGUGAAAUAACAGAUGAUCACAUAAAUUAA